CGGGCGGGGCGGGGCGCGCGAGGAGGCCGGGGCGGAGGCCGCGCGGACCGGGGCGGGCGGCGGCGGCUGCGGCUCUCGGGGCGGGGCGCGGCGGUUCCGGCCCAGCCAUGGCGGACGAGGCCCCGCGGAAGGGCAGCUUCUCGGCGCUCGUGGGCCGCACCAACGGCCUCACCAAGCCCGCAGCCCUGGCCGCAGCGCCCGCCAAGCCGGGGGGCGCGGGCGGCUCCAAGAAGCUGGUCAUCAAGAACUUCCGAGACAGACCCCGGCUGCCCGACAACUACACGCAGGACACGUGGCGGAAGCUGCACGAGGCGGUGCGGGCCGUGCAGAGCAGCACCUCCAUCAGGUACAACCUCGAGGAGCUCUACCAGGCUGUGGAAAAUCUUUGUUCACAUAAAGUCUCCCCCAUGCUCUACAAGCAGCUGCGUCAGGCCUGUGAAGACCACGUCCAGGCACAGAUCCUUCCGUUUAGAGAAGACUCACUAGAUAGUGUUGUAUUUUUAAAGAAGAUUAACACGUGUUGGCAGGACCACUGCAGACAAAUGAUCAUGAUCAGAAGCAUCUUCCUGUUCUUGGACCGCACCUACGUGCUUCAGAACUCCACACUGCCUUCCAUCUGGGAUAUGGGAUUAGAACUAUUCAGAACCCACAUUAUUAGUGAUAAAAUGGUUCAGAGUAAAACCAUCGAUGGAAUCCUGCUGCUGAUCGAGCGCGAGAGGAGCGGCGAGGCCGUGGACCGGAGCCUGCUGCGGAGCCUGCUGGGCAUGCUGUCCGACCUGCAGGUGUAUAAAGACUCAUUUGAACUGAAAUUUUUGGAAGAAACUAAUUGCUUAUAUGCUGCAGAAGGCCAAAGGUUGAUGCAGGAAAGAGAGGUUCCAGAAUAUCUUAACCAUGUAAGUAAACGCUUAGAGGAAGAAGGAGACCGAGUAAUCACUUACUUGGACCACAGCACACAGACUUUCGGGACAGCGAUUGUCAUCAAUCCUGAGAAAGAUAAAGACAUGGUCCAAGACCUGCUGGACUUCAAGGACAAGGUAGACCAUGUGAUAGAGGUCUGCUUCCAGAAGAACGAGCGGUUUGUCAACCUUAUGAAGGAGUCGUUUGAGACGUUCAUCAACAAGAGACCCAACAAGCCUGCAGAACUGAUUGCAAAGCAUGUGGAUUCAAAGUUAAGAGCAGGCAACAAAGAAGCCACAGAUGAGGAGCUGGAGCGGACAUUGGACAAGAUCAUGAUCCUGUUCAGGUUCAUCCAUGGUAAAGAUGUCUUUGAAGCAUUUUAUAAAAAAGAUUUGGCAAAAAGACUUCUUGUUGGGAAAAGUGCCUCAGUCGAUGCUGAAAAGUCUAUGCUGUCAAAGCUCAAGCAUGAGUGUGGUGCAGCCUUCACGAGCAAGCUAGAAGGCAUGUUCAAGGACAUGGAGCUUUCAAAGGACAUCAUGGUUCAUUUCAAGCAGCAUAUGCAGAAUCAGAGUGACUCAGGCCCUAUAGACCUCACAGUGAACAUACUCACAAUGGGCUAUUGGCCGACAUACACGCCCAUGGAAGUGCACUUAACCCCGGAAAUGAUUAAACUUCAGGAAGUAUUUAAGGCAUUUUAUCUUGGAAAGCACAGUGGUCGAAAACUUCAGUGGCAAACUACUUUGGGGCAUGCUGUUUUAAAAGCAGAGUUUAAAGAAGGGAAGAAGGAAUUCCAGGUAUCCCUCUUCCAGACACUGGUGCUCCUCAUGUUCAACGAGGGAGAUGGCUUCAGCUUUGAGGAGAUAAAAAUGGCCACAGGGAUAGAGGAUAGUGAAUUGCGAAGAACGCUGCAGUCCCUGGCCUGUGGCAAAGCCCGUGUGCUGAUUAAAAGUCCCAAAGGAAAGGAGGUAGAAGACGGAGACAAGUUCAUUUUUAAUGGAGAAUUCAAGCACAAGUUGUUUAGAAUAAAGAUCAAUCAAAUUCAGAUGAAGGAAACUGUUGAGGAACAAGUUAGCACCACUGAGAGAGUGUUUCAGGAUAGACAAUAUCAGAUUGAUGCUGCUAUCGUCAGAAUAAUGAAGAUGAGAAAGACCCUUGGUCAUAAUCUUCUAGUUUCUGAAUUAUAUAAUCAGCUGAAAUUUCCAGUCAAGCCUGGAGAUUUGAAAAAGAGAAUUGAAUCUCUGAUAGACAGAGACUAUAUGGAGAGAGACAGAGACAAUCCGAAUCAGUACCACUACGUGGCCUGAUGCAUCUGCAGACAGUUCCCCUUCAUGAAACACUAGAAUGUACCCUCAGAGCAGGGAAGCACACCUGUGCCAUUUCCAGGACUCUGUGAUUGAUCCAGCUGUGGACAUUGAAAGAAAGAAGGGAGGUGACUCCUCCUGGGUCAUCCUCCACAAGACUCAAGACUUCAACUGGCAGAUGUGUCUUUUUUCCCUCUGGUUUUUCCUCUAGUUCUUUUAGGCAUUUAAAUUGUUUCUGUUACUCUGCAAAAUAACUUUGAGAUUGGACAAGAAGACAUUGCUAAAAAGAAGUUCCUUUAAAAGGUCUUGUUCUUGUGUCAAAAAGCUGAAAGUUUGGUUUGUUCUUGUUUGUGAUCAUGAAUGCACAAUGAAGAAGACCCUAGAUGCUGCAUUUUUUAGCUCUAAAGAUUCCGUAGGUACCCCUGAAGACAAGCUCGCUCAGAUGAUCGGCAUUUAGAGUGAAAACAAGGACACUUCGUGGGUGAACAUUAGAAAGAGCCAGGGUUCGAAGCUGGCAAAAUGGAUGGUGCAUCCUAGCCACUGGCCUCUCUGUGUCAUGUAUUUCCAAAAGUUUUAAACUUUGAUGGCUGUUUUUUUGUAAGUCAGGUUUCUAAGUGAGCUCCCUGAGGUGCCAAGGCCGUGGUGUCCGCCCUGCCGCAUCUGUUCGUUUCAGCUGAGUUGCUUGUGAAUCUCUGUUUAAGGGUUUGGGGCUCAUGUGUUUCCAUGCUAAGAUUGAGUCUGGCAGUCCCUGUUUUUUUUGCAUUGGGGUAACUGCUCUUUGAUUUUUUUAAAUUGCAGUAUUUGUAUGAUUGCAAUCAUUAAAAGUUUGGUUUGGUUUUACAGUCAUGUGCAGGGACAACCCUUGUUCUCUGCUGUAAACUGUAAAAAGUUUAUGGAGACUUAAAGUCUUGAUGUUGUGAAGCAGAGGGUAUUUUGUUGAAAGAUUAAAAGGAUUUUGUUGGUACCUGGUUUUGUGUUGUGUAUGUAUACAUGAGGUUGAACAGUGAAAUGAAAGUUCAGUAGUGAUGUUAGAAUGGUAACUAUGACAAAGAUACUUUUGAGAUAACAUUUAAAAGUACUUUAUAUUUUACAUAAUAGCAUGUUUCAUUUUGAUUAAAAGCUACCAAAGGAAUUUUGAUCAUGGCAUAAAUGUUUAAAGCAAUAUUUUCUGGAAUAUACCAAGUUUAUAUAAUUUGAUUUUGUGCUAAAUUAUUAAAAGAUUCCCUUUUUGAAACGUGGGUUCGAAAUAUGACACCUUGUGCAUUUCCAUAUUAAAAUCCUCACUCUUUGUCAUUUCUAUCUUUGAGGAUUUUCAUUUAUUCUAUGAUACGUGGUCUAAGAAAGACCAGAUUUCUAUUUUUAUUUCUUAUAUUUUAAGUUCAUUGUGCCUAGCGAUUAAUAUUGUAAUUUAAUGUAGACUUACUUUUAAUAAAAUUAGUUUAAUUGGCCUUAAAAUUACAUUAAUAAAAUUUUGUGAUAUGCAAA